AUGUAUAUGGUGGAUGGAAAAAUUCAGACAUGUGGGUGUAGUCAACAAAUUAGACCUCUCAAUCAUCUAAUUGGAAUGUGGCAGUUAGAUAAGGAAAUUGUCAAAAAAAACGAAGAAGAGGGAAAAAAACUAGGAAUCUGUAUGCAACAUUUCAAUGUUGAUCAAAAAUAUCAUAAAAAUAAAUUGAAAACUACAAUAUCUGUAAUUGAUAAAAAUAUCCAGGUUUCUUGUAAUGGACAAAUAACCUGUCAUGCAUUAAAUAACUUUGGUGUGAUUUGCAAACCAGAAGUUGAUAUAGUUGCUAAAGCUCAAUAUAUAUGCUGUGAAUGUUAUCAAAAUCAUGGAGGGCAUUUACAUGUGAAAAUGGGAUCUGGAAAACCACUAUUUGAUUGUGAAAAAUUUGGUUUACAUAACAAUGACCAUUCCACUUCCCUUGAUCUUCUAGGUAAAUGGCUUUUAACAGUUGCUAAAUCUGAAAAUAUAGAAUAUAAAGAAAAGGUAUUAAUGAAUAUUUUGAAUCCUGCACUUCAAAUAAUUAAAGAAACACAAGAAAUGGAAGCAAAAAAUUCAAGUUCAAAAGCAGUAAUAGAAAUAUCAACAAUAUCUGACCUGUUAUAUACAAAAGUGCCAAGUCCUUUUGUACUAAAGGUUUUCCUGAAGAUGCACAAAAUAAACUUAGAAGAUACCAAUUCUUUUUCAUUAAAUGAACAAAGCAAAACUUUUGGUCAAAAUAUGGCAAAAGCUCUAUGGAAUUCACGAACUAUGUUACUUGAACAAAAAAAUAAAAUAAAAAUGCCUGAUUCCUUGGAUGAAUAUUAUAAUGCACUCCCUCCUUUCUUAACUUUAUGGUUUCCACAAGUAAUGGCAAGUCUUUCCCGAAGACCUAGACUCCUUGGUUCAAUGAGAGAUCUAUUCUCAACUUUGCAAAUUAUGGCUCACACUAGUGGUAAUGAGAGAAAAUUAGAAAUAGAAAGAAUGAAUAACAUGAAAUCACAAAUAAGUGCUGCACAAACCAAACAUGAGAGGAUUGGUGUUCUCUUCUCUGAAUAUUUGAAUGAUACCACAACUCCUCAUGGAACCAGAGCAAUAAAGACACACAAAGAAACUAUGUGGGAUUUAGUUAAUCAUUUAUUAGACACAUUUAAUGUUGCAGAUAAUAAAGCACUUGAAUGCAAUUUAUGGAAAACAACAAAACCUUGUGCAUUGAAUCCUGUUGGAGUGCAACGACUUUUUGAUUGCUAUACAAAUGGACAUGAAAGAAUGAAUUCUAUUUGUAGACAAGAGGUCUUUGGAACUGAGAAAAUUGAGAAGAAGGGAAGAAGAGCACUUAACAUUACUAAAACAACAAUGAAGAACAUAAAUGAAAAUAAAAAAGCUGAAAAGAAGACACCUACUCAAUUUUCAGAUAAUUCUUUACAAAUCCAACCAGUUCAAUUAUUAGAUCGUUUUCUGAAUCAAGUUAUCUACAAACACAAGCCCAACCUCAUCUACAUGAAUCAGUAG